AUGAUUGUGUGGGUUCAACUUCCGGCCUUCCCGAUUCACUUCUAUCACAAAGAAGUACUCUUCUCUUUGGGGAAUAUGAUUGGACGCACAAUCAAGCUGGAUUAUCACACUCUCCAUCAGCAACGGGCAAGAUUCGCAAGAAUUGCAGUGGAAAUUGAUCUCUCAAAGCCACUGAUUACAAGAGUCCGGCUUGAUGGAGCCUGGCAGUAUCUGGAAUAUGAGAACCUACCAGUGUGCUGUUUUGAGUGCGGAAAAGUCGGCCACACUAAGGAGAGUUGCCCCAACCUGAGAUCCCCAUCCCCGCAACGGAGUAUUGUGGUAGCUGGAGGUUCGCCGGCGCCGGAACCAGUUACCGCACCGGAAGAGAAGUCCGGCUUCGGGCCGUGGAUGCUCGUUACCCGAAAAUCACGGCGUGGAGGCAGCAACACAGAAAAAGGAAACAACCCUGAUUCCUUCCAUAAUCAAAACGAAAUUCAAGGAAAGGGAGGAAAAGGAAAGGCUACCGUGAAGGAGGGCCACACGAACGCCGAGCAUCAUCAUGAAGCAAGCGGCGCAGGGACUCAACGGCUGGAAAGAGCAAUUAGCGGAGAAAAAUUAGAAAGGGAUCGGGGGACAAUGGCGAAGAAGAAAGGGAAAGCAGGGGCGGAGAUUUCUGAUGGGAAAGAGAGAGGGAAGGGCAUUCUCGGGCCUGUCCCCAAGAAGCAACAGCCCAACUCUCAGCGGCCCAAAAGUGUCUCACUUAAAGCCGAUGGGCCGUCGAGUUCAGGCACUAAGCCCAUACAAUCUCCCAGUCCACGGAAGGAGUUCAAUGAUGGCCUGGAUCAGGCCCCAAGCCCUCCCUCUCUGACAACCGUCUCAACCGCAAAGGGAACAACCAUCCAGCUGGUUACCCCUUCUCAAACAGACGCUCGCACCGACCAGCAAAAAAUGGAAAUAACACCAUCGGCCUCUGCUCGCACCAAAAAUCAGAAUAAACAAAGGAAGAAGUUGAAAUCCCCGAGCAAAGCUUCGAGACCGAUUGUAACCAAGGCGCUCCAAGUCUGGACACCGGUGAAGGAGAGGAAAGGCAAAACAAGAUCCAAGCUGGCGGCGUUGACACUCCAAGAGAUCGAGGCGUGGACGGGCGCGGCUUGCCGGUCAGAGGACCCCGAGUCAACGCGGACCAUCACCGGCGACAGCUCCUCGGCGGCCACCGAGAGAGAUCCCCAGCUCGUCGCCCCCUGA